AUCAGAAGUGUCCGUUCUAACCCCUAACGGGCCCAAUUUGCUUCCUAUGGAAACCAUUUCUUCAACUUGAGAGUUAAGACGCGCACUCAUCACAGUUACACACUCUCAGCUCCAGCUUCAUUUCGAAGCACCCUCCAAAGUCCAAACAUCAAACACCUUCUCUGCAAGCUAAAAACUCAUAAAACUAUAAACCAUAAAAAGAAAAAUCGAAGAUGCAGAGAUUCAAAGCUCUGCUUCCUCAAACUACAUUCUCAUCUCGCACGCUCUGUUCUCAUCGUCGCGCUUUCUCUGCUCAACCAAAUUACGCUGAACGCGAGGACGACGAUGAUUCCCAAAACCAGAUUUUGGUUGAAGGAAGAGCGAAAUCACGUGCAGCAAUUCUCAACAGGCCAACUUCUAUGAACGCGCUCACUACUUCAAUGGUUGCUAGGUUGAAGAGACUUUAUGAUUCGUGGGAAGAAAACUCUGACAUUGGCUUUGUUUUAAUGAAGGCUAGAGGCAAAGCUUUUUGUUCUGGUGCAGAUGUUGUUAGGCUGUAUCACUCGCUUAAUGAAGGACAAGCUGAAGAAGCUAAAGAGUUUUUCAAAACAUUAUAUUCAUUUGUAUAUCUUCAAGGGACAUAUCUUAAACCACAUGUUUCUAUUUUGAACGGAAGGACAAUGGGCUGUGGAUCUGGAAUUUCUCUUCCAGGGAUGUUCCGUGUGGUGACUGAUAAAACUAUUUUUUCUCACCCAGAGGCUCAAAUAGGUUUCCACCCUGAUGCCGGAGCUUCUUACCUUUUGUCUCGUCUACCUGGCUACUUAGGGGAAUAUUUGGCCCUUACAGGAGAUAAGCUUGAUGGUGUAGAAAUGAUUGCCUGCCGCCUUGCUACACAUUAUUCACUAAAUGCAAGGCUGGCCAUGCUUGAAGAACGCCUUGGUAAACUGGUCACAGACGAUCCAUCUAUUGUAGAGGAAUCCCUUUCACAAUAUGCUGAUCUUGUUUAUCCUGACCGAAGUGGUGUCCUUCACAAGAUUGAUACCAUAGAUAAAUGUUUCUGUCAUGAUACAGUGGAGGAAAUUGUUGAAGCUUUGGAGAAAGAGGCAGCUGAGACUUGCGAUCAAUGGUGUUUGACAACUCUCAGGAAAAUAAGAGAAGCCUCCCCAUUGAGUUUGAAAGUUAUUUUAAGAUCUAUACGUGAAGGUAGAUUUGAAACUCUUGAUCAGUGUCUUGUACGCGAGUACCGCAUAUCUGUUCGGGGAAUUUCCAAGCAUGUUUCCUCUGACUUCUUUGAGGGGGUUCGAGCACGAAUGGUAGAUAAAGAUUUCGCACCCAAGUGGGAUCCACCUAGUUUAAAAGAAGUAUCAGAGGACAUGGUUGAACAACAUUUCUUGCCGUUUGACGAACUUGAGCCUGAACUGGUGUUGCCUACGGCAUUGAGAGAACCUUACAUGUGAAACAGGCAUCCUUCCCAUCAAUGCUUGUCACUAGCAAGAUUAAGACAAAUAAGUUAUAAUCUAUUUUCUAAUUUCAUUGAAUACAGUAUUUCAUAUAUCUUUGUUGUAACAGCUGAAAAAUUUAGAAGUCGCACUUUUAUUUUAGGUGGGGAGGGUGGGUUUAAAUUAUUCCCAGGCUUUCUUCAAAAUGUAGAUUAUCCAAUUUGCUCACUCGCCAGUGUGUCAAUUUGUUAGCUAUUUCUGAUUUGUAUCAUGAAUAGUUUAUUGUUCUAUGUUCUUUUAACAAGUAAAUUACUUUCGCUUGAAAUUGAUCAAAAUGAAUGCUUUUAACUUUUUA